CGGCUUGUGUGUGUGUAUUAUAGCCACGUUUAUCACCACUGCAAGUUGGGGCUGCCCGCGACCGCUAAGCUGUGCCAUACGGCAGAGGCCUUGUAGAGUAGGCGAUGCCGGUGGUUUUCGUUGAAUGAUUCAUAUGUUUUACUUGCAGUGUGUUAGAGCAUGCCCGCAUAUAUCAGACACCGAAGCGAACGCGAGGCCAGCCACAAUCCAGAGCGCAAUCCAGGCGCGCCGCCGCGCUGUACAGUACAUGCAAUUACGGUGUAUACUAUGCGGGUAUACGCGGACGUACUGUGUUGAAGUAUGUGUGUAUAAAUAAUGAUGCCGAGCAGUGCCGUUUGAUUGGGAUUAAUUAAUAAUAGUACACCCCAAAAUGAUAGAUUGUCAGCACCUUUUGGGAGACAUUCUCGUCGCAAGUGAUCACACCAACGUUCUGUAAGACUCCUAAGUACAAUCGCCGUCAAAUUCAGGGACAGAAUCGUUUGAAAACAAGGUGGAAUCCCUAAUCAGUCGGCAUGCUAAAACGGGAAGAAACUGAGCCCGGCGGCUCGGCUGCCGUCUCUAUUGAAGACAUAAGGAGCUGGUGGAAGGUACCGGCCAUAGCACACUUCUGUUCGCUUUUCAGAUCGACUUUUGCCCUACCAGACUAUGAAAUCGAGGAUCUUGAGGAAGCCCUUUUCCUUGAUGCCGGUCAAGAAGCGGUCCCAUUUCUUCCAGACCUGUUGGUGGCGCUGUUGAAAGGAUGCUUCUCACGUAAAGACAUUACAUCAGGGAACCAUCAUCAGUGUCUCCAAACCUUCAUGAAACGACAGUGGGAGUUGGUGGAGGGGCGAGUGAAUCCACUGAAUCUUGAGGACGCUACCUUCAAGGGGUUGCCAACUCUGAUCAAAGUAGAGAUUCUUCAUUCGCUGUGCGAUUUCAGGCUCGAUGCUGCAGAUGUUACACUGUUGAAGGAAUAUCACGGAGAGCAGCUGCGCGUAGAACCACUGGGAGUGGACUCUAAAGGGGCCAAAUACUGGUAUUUCUACAGCACGAGACUGUACAAGGAGGACCCCACCCAAACUGUGGAGGAAAAAGAAGCCAAACGAAAGAAGAUGGAAAAGGAGAAAAUAAAGAAGAAGAAAGAGAAAGAAGUGGCUCGAAAAAAGAGACUCCAGGAAACCGUGAAGGCCAGAAAGGCCUUGGAGAAACGACUUGCCAAGAAGAAACCAUCGAAAGCAAAGAAACUUAUGAAGCCACUCAAAAGUGAUAAUGAAACCUGCAGUGAUGACAACAUACCUCUGAGACAACUGUGCAAGAAGAAGGCUGAGGAGUGCAAAAAGGAAGACACACCCUCGGGGAGAGGCAAAGGAAAACGGAAGAUGGAGGUGGAGGAGGAGAAGAUCGACGAGCCAGAAGAGCUCAACGAGAAUGGAAAACGGAAGAAGAAGAUGCCGGUUAAGAAGACUGCCAAGAAAGUGAAGAAAGAGGAGUUGAAGAAGGAGGAACAAGGAAGUGAUGCGGAUUCAGAGAGCGAGGAAGACGACAAUAUGAAGAGUAAGAAGAAGAAGAAGGAGAAGAAAACGAGAAAGAUGAUUAAGAAAGAGGAGUUAGAGACGGAGACCGAGUGCGAAGAGGAGGAGGAUAAGAAAAGAAGGAAGCCUUCAAGUCCGCGAGGGAAAGGAAAAAAGAAAGAAGAAGUCAGCAUGGAUACUAGCCAGGAAGAAAGCGAUGUCGGGAAGAAGGGUAAAAGUGGGAAAAUGAAGAAGGGGAAAGGUCUUCUUAAAAAGAUGAAGGAGGAAACGGCAACCAGUGCAGAGAGUGAAAUGGACAUGGCUGAGGCAAAAAGUAAGAAGGGAAAAGGGGCUGGGAAGAAGAAGAGAAAAAAGAAAGGCGAAGAGAGUCAGGAAGAGACUGACGCUGAGCACAAGAAGGGGAAGAAAAUCAAGAAAAGGAAGGGUAAGAAAGGGAAAGACACCGCUACGGAGAGUGAAGCCUGCGACGUGGAUGAAGGGAAAGAGGAGCUGAAAGGGAAAGGAAAAAAGAAGAGCAAGUUGCAGAAGCUGAAGAAAGAAUCGUCUGUAGACCUUCAGAGUGGGAGUGAUUUGGACAGUAAGACCAGGAAGAAAUUAAAAGCGAAGAAAAAGAAAGUCAAGACGGAUGCCUCGUCCCAAGAUGAGAGCCAGGAAGAUCAGUCGAAAAGCAAGCCAAAAAUUAAGCAGGAGAUGACGGACUUGACGGAGAAUGAAGGACCAGGAGAUGGAAAGAUCAAGAAGAAGAGAAGGAAAAAGAAAGAGAUUAAGAGCAAGGAGAUCAUCACUGCGACAGAAAGUGAUACAGAAGCUGAACCAGAGACGUCCAAACCUGGUCAAGGCAACAAGAAAGGCCAGAGGUCGACAAGUCCAGGUCGGGCGACAAGGAGAGUGACGCCUACAAAGGCUGAGAAAGAACAGGCACGAAAGGACAAGAACAAAGAUAAGGGUACUACGCCAAAAGGGAAGAAGGCUGUUAAGGGAAAAGCAAAGAAUGUCCUGGAUGCUGCUAGCUCACAGAGUGAGGACGAUAACGGAUUGAAAUCUAAGAAAGGAAGCAAGGCGGGGCAGAAAACUGCCAAGCAAACGCUGAAGAAAUCUUCCAAGAAAUCAGGGAAUGAUGGAUCUCAAGAGAGCCAAGAAGAAGGGUGCGAGACGGAAGAAAGCACCGUCUCCCCUUCCAAGAAGCUUGCUAAGAGCGGGCAAGCAUCAAAAGCCACAAAGGGAAACAAGGCAUCAAGGAAGUCUGGCCAAGACGACGAAAGCGGUUGCGGCGAAGAGCCGACGUCCAAUGACAGUCCGGCAAAGAAGGGCAGAACAGCUCCGCCGGGAAAGAAGCAGACCCCUGCUAAGAAAUCCUCAAAGGCACCUGCCCCUGAGCAGAGUGACCUGGAUGAGAGGGAGGCCUUGAAGGAGCUUCAGUCUCUUCUUCUGAUGGAGAACAUGCUGAAGGUGGCCUCUGACGACAGCUCCAGUGAUACCUCCAGCGAGGAGGAGCCAGAGACGGCUCGAUGGCACCUGAUUUGCCACACCGAAGAGGACUGGGAGAGGUUGACCGAAUCCUUCAAGCGAGUCAGGAACAAGGCUGAGAGGGCGCUGUAUCUUGUCCUCAAGGAAGACUUCUUAACCGAGAUUCACAAAAUCUUUGCUGCAAAGGAACAAGCACUAAGACGGAAGCUGCAGGACAUGAUUCCAAGGAGAACUUCAGGGAGGAUAGCUGACAUCAAGGUCAGACAGGAAGAAGAAGAGCAUAUGAAGUCUCUGGCAGAGUACGAGGAAGCACAGAAGAGGGAAGCAGAGGAGGCCGUCAGAAAGAUAUCUCUACGCAGAAGAAACAGAAGACAAGGAGAAUAUACUGAGGAGGUCGAGGAGGAGGACGACGACGAUGAAGAGGAGGAUGAGGUAGAAGAUGAAGAUAUAAAGGAAGAGGAAGGAGAAGAAGAGGACGAGGAGGAGACAGAGAAAGAGGAAGAGGACGAGGGAGAGGAGGGAGAGGGAGACGAGGAACAAACAGAGAAGAAGGCGGAGCAACAAAGAGCAGAACAAGGUUUGCGUGCCAGACUACGUGCCAAGAAUGCUUCUCCCGAACCAAGCUCCGACGACCUGACCUCGUCGAGCUCCGUGCCCUAUGACCUUGGCUUUGGCAGGACAACGAGAAGCAGCAGAAGUCAAGUGCAGGCCGAGCAAGAGAAAGAAAAGCUCAAGAAAAGUUUUGCUAAAGUGCUAGACACGACAAAGACCCACUACGAGGCAUGGCCGUUCAUUGACCCUGUGCAGGAGUCGUACGCACCCAACUACUACAGUAUCAUCAAGGUGCCCAUGGACAUCGCCACGAUGGAUCUCAAGGUCGAGGAAAGGAUGUAUCACUCCAUCAAUGACUUUGUGAAUGACAUGGACCUGAUUUUUCAGAACUGUGUUCAAUACAAUGGCAGGAAAAGUGAAUACACGCUGAUGGCACGCAAGGUAGAGGCUUGUUUCCGACGUGCCCUGAAGAAGCAGUUCCCAAACUUCCGCAAGAAGAACGCCAACUGCCACCAUCCUGUGCCCAAACCAGUCUUCACUGACUCACAGGACGAGGGAGAGACCGAUUCGCAGAGUUCAUUGGACAACAGAACAGCCAACAGAUUCUCCAAGAAGGAGAUGGGUCCGAAGGAGGAGGACGAAGACCAGCUGGAGGAGGAGGAGGAGGAAGAGGAGACGGAGAAAGAGGAGGAGGAGGAGACGGAGAAAGAGGAGGAGGAGGAGGAGAAGGAGGAGGAGCAGGAGGGGAAGGAGCAGGAGAAGAAGAAGGAGGAGGGAGGUUGUGAGGAUAGAGUAGCAAUUUCCUCCGACCCAAGUCCUUGCCCCAGCCCGGCUUCGUACCAUUCCGAGGAUUACGUGGAGCUCAAGAGUACAAAAUCAUCACAUCUCGGAGCACCUAAGAAAUGGAAGGAAGAUGAUGACGAUGGGGAUGAUGAAGAGGAAGACGAUGACGACGACAUUGCUGAAAUUGAUAAACCAUCCAGUAAGGGCGUGGUGGAAAAACAAAGUAGUGAUGAGACAAAAAAGGCAACAUUAACUCCUCCUAAGGGGGAAUUAAUUCUUAGUGAGGAUGAGGACUCCAGUAAGAAAUGUGAUAAGACAAACGCUCUUAAAGAAGGUUCCAUGAGUGGUGCAAUAAGUGGUUCUGGUAUCCCUGAGAAACCCGCGGGGACGGAUCAGAGACCAGGUCCAUCUUACAUGCCAAUGUCGUCCACCCGCUACGUUGAUAAUAUUGAUAAACCAAGGGCGCACGUUCCGCCCAUGGUUGCAACGCCACUACGACAGAGUAGUUCUGCCAACGCGAGCCAUCAACCGAAACCGCUGCAGGUCAGCAACAGUGGGGAAGAUAAGAAUCGGUUACAGAGUUCUGCGUCUAACGAUAAAAGGAAGGCGCAAUUCUCGCCCACCUCAAAGACAUCUAGGGACCCUGCGGUGCAGGAGAUAUCGGGACAGUCGAUUGCUGAUAGGGGUGUGGGCAAAACUGUGUAUUCAGGAGAUCAGUUGCUUCAUAAGGGAGUCGUUCAUCAUGGGGUUGUACAGGGACCGGAACCCCUGGCUGUGCAACCUAUAAUAGAACGGAACACCGCUGUUCAGCCCAAUCGUAGUUCCUAUCAGGAAAUGAUUGAUCUUAAUGCAAGGAGACCUCCACCCCUGCAGCAAUCUCCUUGGUACAAUACACACUCAGAACAAAGCAAUAAAUCAUCUGGUGCAACACAAGCUGUUCCACCCUUAAUACAGGAUGGAGCAGGCACUCAGGGAACCAUGCUGCAACAGCCACCAACUAGUGGCCCUAGUGAACAAAGAACCCAUGAAAUCAUUCCGAUGCCUCAUUCGGAGGAUAUGCAACAGCGGCCCCUUCAGGCUCACUCUCAGAAUCAUCCACAAGGAAACUCUCAAAGUCAUCUCCAAAGUCAUCAUCCGCAAAGUCAUCCACAGAGUCAUUCACAAAGUCAUCCUCAAGGUCAUCCGCAUAGUCAUCCGCAUAGUCAUCCGCAAAGUCAUCCGCAAGUUCAUCCGCAAAGUCACCUUUCGUACCCUGGGAGCCAUGGGAUGGGACGUCCUCUAGAGACCACUGGAACACCCUCGCAGUGGGGCGUGCCUUCAAGAGAGGUUGAUCCUUUCCCUGCGAAACUCUGGCGACCUCUGGCAGUAGACUCUCCUUCAGUCCCAACCCAAGGGCAAACCUCUCAGAUGCACAAAGCUCAGAGUCCACCUCAAUACCCUCAGACUACUCCGAGUAUAAGUCAGCCGAGCACAGCGCCCUCUCAGUCUGCCCAACCACAGGGUGCUCCCAUGUCAGAGACAAUGCAGCGAUUAGCAUCGCAAGGGAGCCCCAACGCACACCAUGGGAGCAGUACUACAGCAACAGAACUCUUGCGCAGCAUGGCAUCUCCAACUCAAGUAGCGACCAAUCCUACCAGGCCGUCUCAAGACGUCUCCAAUCCCUCGAGUACCCAAUCAAAUCCCCUCUCAGACAAUACAUCAAGACCGGGCAGUUCUUUCAAGUUACCAUCGCACAGCCCCAUGCCAAAUGCUAUUCCGCCUGGUUACCCUGGCUACAUGUCCAUGCAGAGGGUACCAACGCCAGGUAUGCCACCACAUCUUGGAACGCCAGUUCCAGGAUUGGAUCCGAACACCUACCCUGGCUACAGUGGACAGGGGGUUCCAAGUCGCAAGGAUGGCCUCUUUGAUCCAAUGAGAACCGGACAUACCUCUCCGUUCCCGACCACAACCGGCCCCAAGCCGCCGGACAUCUUCAACGCAACUGGCCGGCUGACACCUGGAGCAGGCAUCCAUCCGUCGCUGUCAUCUCACCGGUCAUCGGCCUUCAACCAGCCACAGACGUCAGCGCUGUACGCAAGCCAACUCCACACCAUACCCGCCAGUCAGACGCUGCCAUCGUCUUACCCCGGUCUGAGCUCUCCAUCUCACUUGCGCAGCCUUCUGCAGGGGCGUCAGGGAUCUAUUCCCGACCCCAUGGCUCGCGUGGGCCAGACCGAUGUCGGCAUGCUGCAGAGGAACCCGUACCUUGAUCAGUCAGCGUAUGGCGCUGCCCCUGGGAUUGAUCCCAGGUACUCUCCUAUGUACUCUCAGCAGUAUAACCCAUGCAUGACACAGCAGCCAAUGGGAUCCGGCGUUCCAUAUCCGGUUGGUAGCAGCAACUCCUACUUUCCAGGGCAGGCGCCACACCCACAGAGCUACCACUCUCUCAACUCAUCUCACGUACCACCCGGCUACAGGCGAUGAUGCACGCUAUGCCUGAGAAAGGGUGACAGUCUUUCAUUCAGUGGAGAUGUGUCUGUGCUCCUUUGGCUACGGCAAUGAUGCAGUCUAUCUCUUUGUAAGGUAACAGAACAGAAUAAAUGCCAUUUACUUCACCCAGGCGGAAAGCGACAAAUGCAGAUUAAUGCCUGGCCAGUCGUUGAUUUCCAAUCGCUCCGUUAGAGCUGUGCUAAUUUGACACUGUGCCGAGUAGACUUCAAGAUGCAGCUCCAUUGCCAGCAUUCUGUAGAAGCACAAUUUCUUCACACUUCGAUCAUGCAAUGCCAUUUACUUCACCUGGGCGGAAAGAGGCAAAUGCAGAUUAAUGCCUGGCCAGUCGUUGAUUUCCAAUCGCUCCGUUAGAGCUGUGCUAAUUUGACACUGUGCCGAGUAGACUCCAAGAUGCAGCUCGAUUACCCGCAUUCUGUAGAGAAGGCACAAUUUCUGAACACUUCGAUCAUGCAAUGCCAUUUACUGCAACUGGGCGGAAAGCGGCAAAUGCAGAUUAAUGCCUAGCCAGUGGAUGUUGGUACCUUGGAGGGAUUUAGAACCGUGAACCCUGUGACCCACAGUCUGCUCUGUUAUCCUCGAGACCACGAAACCUCUGACUGUCUGGCUAACGUCUGCGAUCGCUGCAUUUUUCACACUCGUAUGUACAGGUUAUGUGUACAGAGCCAGAAGGGCGUCAAGUCAUAUACUUUUAAAUGAGUUAAUUAUUAUCUGCGCUUAAUGCAAAAUACUGUCUCUUAAGUGCUUACAGAUAUUAUUACCCCGAUCAUUGAAUUUAUUCAUGCAUAAUGUGUACCAUCUCCACUCCAUGUGGUCACCAUGAGGGCAUAUGACAAUUAUAACACCUAGGCUCUCGUUAUCCUACCAGGUCUCCAUUUUUCUCCUGAGUGUGGGCUCUUUUUGGCAUUUUGGGGGCUAAUUUGCCCCGAGCCCCAUGUAUUUUUUCCCUGUUUAUGCCCUUCUGGCUUAAAAUACAAGGGAAAGUGCAAAGAAUGUACGUUCCACUACCACACAUUAUUCAAUUGUAUUAUGGAUUGACAGAAGAAUAUCAUUUGAUUUGCUAUUUUUUUCUGAACCCAGCUCUUGUAGGGCUAUCAUCUUUAUACUAUAAAUAUACUCAGACAUUAGGUGUGAUCGGUAAGGCAUGGAACAAAAUAGCUUUGGCUUGCCAAUUUUGAUAACAUGAAAAGGAGAACCAUUUUGUGUAUAUUCUGAAUAAGUGUGGUAACUGUAUUUCAUUUAUUUAUUACAUGUACAUACAUGUGUACUUGGCGUAAAUCUUUUUAGAUAUGGCUCUGUUGCUUGGUAGAUAUAGUUUGGAUCAUAUUGCAAUGAAGGGAUGCGGAUGCAGGGUCCCCGUACAUGUAUCAAAUUGAUGGAAACCACGCCAGUAUUUGAAGCUGGUGAACGAUGGAAUAAUUAUGGUUCAGGGAUUUUCACGGCUUUUGUUAUUUAAAACGAAAAUAUCUGUACAGUUGUACGAUUGUCUUGAAAUGAAAUGAAAUGAAGUUCAUGUCUUAAGUUUGAACAAAUUCUGUGGUAUAUGUAUGCUUCCUGAAAGGCGUGGGUUGUCCUGAAAUAUUUGGGUAAUUAAGUUCAUUUGGGGGUGAUAAUGUUUUUGUUGUCUACCCACUCAUGUUUAUCAGUUUUUGUCAAACUAUAUUUCUUCAGGCUAAUUCCAAGUGUUAUGGAAUGACAUUUCCAGAAGUUUUUCAAACUUGUAUAAAGAGUAUUAUAGACAUUUCAAUAAUGAUCUACAAAUGAAUGAUGUGAUAUAUAUUAGCUAAUAUGAGGUACUUUUACAA